UCAGUACAGCCCUGCCCUUGGGGAACGGGGGGAGGAGGUGGGAGAGGCUUUUCUGGGGCUCCAUCAAAGAAGAACUUGUAUUUUUCUGAGCACAAUGCUCCCAGGCCCCGGGGUGUGCCCGUCUUGGGCGAAGGGCGGAGCCCCUCGCUGCGCCCCUGCGUCCUCCCGUCUCAGGAUGUCGAAGUCCGCCUGCUUGGCGGGAGCGGGCCUGCUGAUAGCCCUUCUUAUACAGGCCUCAGGUUUGAGCAUGGCGGAAGGGGACACCUUGGUAUCAGUGGAUUAUGAAGUGUUUGGGAAGGUGCAAGGGGUGUUUUUCCGCAAGUACACCCAGGCUGAGGGUAAAAAGCUAGGACUGGUAGGCUGGGUCCAGAACACUGAGCGGGGCACAGUACAAGGACAAUUGCAAGGUCCCAUCUCCAAGGUGCAUCUGAUGCAGCAGUGGCUUGAGACAAAAGGAAGUCCCAAAUCGCACAUUGACAAAGCAAACUUCAACAAUGAGAGAGCCAUCUCAAAGUUGGAUUAUUCAGAUUUCCAAAUUGUGAAAUAAUGGCCUGAAUUUAAAUGUUCCAAGACAAACUGAAUGGUUUGAGUUUUCAUUGUUCAUAGAGACAACAACUAUUCUGUGUUCAAUAUUAGAACUUGUCAGUACGUUAUUUCAGUAUCAGGAGUGUGAAUGUUACUGUAUAUCGCCCAUGAUGGAAGGAUCCCAAUGGUGUAUGAUUCUAAUCAAUAAAAACACAUUAGAACCUUA